UUCAGCUACCAGGACAUGGCAUCCACAUUAGGUAAUUCAUCGCACAUCAGCAGCUCGGCUGGUCUUGCAUCGAUGCAAUAGAAUCGAAUAAAAUGCGUAUGACGUUAUAAUCGCCAACGUCGUUACCAAUUUGUUGAUCGUCCUUAUGAUCAUUACUGCCAUCAUUGUCAUCAGCAUCAUCGUCAUCCAUAUUUUGAGAAGCAACAUCAGCAACAACAACAAAAACAACACCAACUGCAAAAAAACCAAGAAACAAGCAAAUCAAGUGAAGCAACCACAAUUGCUGUUGAAAGCAAAUUCCGUAACGUCGAUGCUGCCGCAAGCCAAGUCACCGCCACAGCGCGCAUACCAACACCAGAUGAAGAACAAAAACAAUAUUGUUUUGUUUUGUUAUCAAAACUGUUAGCGCUCGCUUAGUUUGCGUGCUGCAGCAUCUCUUCUACUACUAAGGCAACGUGAAAUAAUUGCAUGAUAACGGACUACAACAACGCGAUGUGUAUAUGCACUUGUCAAAUGUGUCUGAGCGUCCACCGACCGGUGAUUCAUUGGCCGCAUUUUCAUUGCAUUGUAAGCGUGUGUAUUUUUUACGUUUUUCACUGGCGCUGCGUAGUUGUGGCGGUGACUGCAGCAGUUCUUGAGAUACUUACUGUGACAGUAGCAACAACAACAACAAAGAAAGUAAACAAACAACAAAUAUAUAGCAAUGGCAGUAGUGGACGUAAUGGCGCGCACAGCCACAUCAGCGAAAUGAACAGCAAAAACCACAUGAUAAAGAACAGUUUAUAUAAUUAUAAUACAAUUUAAAAGUAAAAAUAAUAAAUAAAAAGUUUAAACCGCUAAAAUACAUAUACAUACAUCAUAUAUUAUAUACAUAUAUAAAUAUAAUUAUAAUAAUAAUGAAACGGCAACAAUUACUGCUACAACUACCAAUAUUAGUACAUAUUGCAACUACAACUACUACUAUUAAAUACAAACUAAAUAAAAGUAAUACCAUUAAAA